AUGGCCGCCCCGGUCUUCCUCCUCUUUUUCUUCUUCCUCCCAGAGACGCAGCCUACCACCAUCCUUCUCCACCGAUCUGCCCGUCUACGCGCACUAACCGGUAACCCCAAUAUCCACACCCAAACUGAGAUCGAUCGCAAAGGCACCAAGUUCUCCGCAACACUCCUCGAUACUCUCAUCAAGCCUUUGGAAAUCUGCGUCAAAGACCCCGCUCUAUUCUUCAUCAACGUUUACUCCGCGCUGACCUACGGCAUCUACUACUCCUUCUUCGAGGUCUUCAAUAUGGUGUAUUUGGAGAUAUAUGGGUUCAGCGUCGGCGAGAUGGCGAUUGUGUUUCUGUCCAUCAUCGUGGGGUGCGUUCUUGCUAUGACGAUUUACUUUUCCUAUCUGAGGUUCUACCUCAUACCGGAUAUCCUCAAGCAAGGACUGAGACCCCAAGAGCAUAGACUCGUGCCGGCGAUUUUCGCGAGUUUUGGGGUACCGAUUGGAUUGUUCAUCUUUGCAUACGUGCCCAUGUCUUACCCGCAAUACGCCGCGUCCCUCUUCGCAGGCAACGACUUCUGCCGCUCUGCCUUCGCCUUCGGAUCCGUACUCUUCUCCCGCCCAAUGUAUCUCAAAUUGGGCAUAGGGAAGGGAAUUAGUCUUCUGGGCGGCUUGAGUGUCAUGGGUAUUGUGAGUUUGAUGAAAUCAAGCAAGUCCAUGAAUGCGCGCUAA